AAGCUUUUCCAGUACCGAUCUGUACCAAACUCGGUACUGGAGGGGUCACUAACGAAUCCGAGUCCAUUUCCCGGAGCAGAGACGAGAACAGUCUACUGGCACUUGGUUGCGAGAAAUGGAGGGAGAAGGAAAGCAGAUGGAAGAUUUCCUGAAAUGGGCUGCAAAUCAAGGCAUCUCAGACUGCCCAAAUCACCUCCUUCAAUCCUCUCCAUCUUCUACUCUUGGCCAAUCCCUCUUAAUUUCCCAAUUCCCAGACGCUGGAGGUCGUGGAUUAGCCGCUGCCCGUGAUCUUAGAAAAGGAGAGCCUAUUCUCAGAGUACCGAGACCCGCCUUGUUGACGUCCGAAAGUGUAUUGAAGGAUGCGAGACUGGCUGUUUCGGUCAAGAGACGUACUUAUCUUUCAUCUAUUCAGGUGUUGGCGGUAUGUUUAUUGGCUGAAGUGGGAAAAGGGAGGGCUUCCUGGUGGUACCCAUAUUUAGUACAGUUGCCUCACACUUACAAUACAUUAUCCAGCUUCACUCCCUUUGGGAUUCGAGCAUUGCAAGUGGAUGAUGCUAUUUGGACAUCAGAAAAGGCAGUUUCAAGGGCUCAGUCAGACUGGAAAGAAGCUCUGGCCCUUAUGAAAGAGCUCGAACUCAAGCCUCAACUCUUAAGUUUUAGAUCAUGGCUAUGGGCUUCUGCAACAAUAUCCUCCCGUACGUUGCACAUACCAUGGGAUGAGGCUGGGUGUUUAUGCCCUGUGGGGGACUUUUUCAAUUAUGCUGCACCUGAGGAGGAAUCUCUUUUCUGGGAAGAUGUAGAAAGCAUGGAAGGAGCUCCUCCCUUGCAAAUUAGUUCCCUGGGGAAAGAUAAGGAUGUUGCAGAAAAGUUAGAUGUGGAGGGACUUGAGAGGCACUCUCAAAGAUUGACAGAUGGUGGUUAUGAGGAAGAUGUUGCUGCUUAUUGCUUUUAUGCAAGGAAAAGAUAUAGAAAAGGAGAACAGGUCCUUUUAUGUUACGGCACAUACACAAAUUUGGAGCUUCUUGAUCAUUACGGGUUUCUUCUCAAUGAAAACCCAAACGAAAAGGCCUUCAUUCGGUUAGAUAUGGGCAUGGGCUCUACCAAUCCAUGGCCCAAAGAUUCCUUGUACAUUCAGCAAGAUGGGAAGCCGUCAUUUGCUUUGCUGUCUGCUUUACGCUUGUCAGUGACGGCUCCAAAACUUCGAAAGGCAGUUGGGCACCUUGCUUACUCAGGAUCGAUACUGUCAGCAGAGAAUGAGAUCUCCGUCAUGAAAUGGGUGUCAAAGAAAUGCCGCGAUCUUUUGGAGGAAAUGCCUACUUCAAUUGAGGAAGACAGUUUGCUGCUAUGCAGCAUAGAGAAAUUGCAAAAUCAUCCCAUUCCAGAAGAGGUUGUGGAAAUGCUAGCUUGUGGAGGGGAGCUUUGUGAUUUCUUUGAGGUGAAUGGUCUGCAGAAGGGUGCUGUCUCGGAGUUCCUGUUGCCUGGUAAGGCUAAAAGAUCAAUGGAGAGAUGGAAACUGGCAGUUCAAUGGAGGUUCAGGUAUAAAAGAAUUCUUUCUGACUGUAUUUCCUAUUGCAGCAAUAUGAACGAUCACUUCUCAUCUCAACAAGUUUCAGGUAUGAGUAGAAAUUGAACCUAAUUUCUGACUA